AUGCAAGAGGUGUGCAGUACAUUAGACAGCACCCAAAUGGGAGCCCAGAUUAAAUCCGAGUCGCCGCUGAAUCCGCUCCAGGUGCAAACGGGCCAGACAACAGUGGCAUCAGUUGUAACCGGACCCGGGCAACAGCCGCAGGGAGCGCCACCAGCGGUGAUGCUUGUCAACAAAAUGGCACCGAACUGUGAUAAACGAGCCGCCGACACCGCCUACUGGAUGGCCUCCGAGGGGGGUUUCAUCAAUUCCCAGCCUUCGAUGGCCGAGUUUCUUAAUCAUUUGAGUCCGGAGAGCCCCAAAAUUGGCACACCUGUUGGCGGUGGUGGCGGUAUUGGUGUUGGUGUUGGUGUCGGUGGCGGUGGCGGAUAUCCGGUUGGUGUUGGUGUACCACAGACACCGGAUGGGAUGGACUCGGUGCCCGAGUAUCCCUGGAUGAAGGAGAAGAAGACAUCGCGCAAAAGCAGCAACAACAACAAUCAGGGUGAUAACUCCAUAACUGAAUUCGUUCCAGAAAACGGCCUGCCCCGACGUCUGCGCACCGCGUACACAAACACGCAGCUGUUGGAGCUGGAGAAGGAAUUCCAUUUCAAUAAAUAUUUAUGCCGCCCAAGAAGAAUUGAAAUUGCAGCCAGCUUGGAUCUAACCGAGCGACAGGUUAAAGUUUGGUUUCAGAAUCGCCGCAUGAAACACAAACGACAAACGCUCUCAAAAACUGAUGAUGAGGACAACAAGGAUAGCCUCAAAGGUGACGAUGAUCAAUCCGACAGUAAUUCCAAUUCGAAGAAAUCGUGUCAAGGCUGCGAGCUGCCCUCCGAUGAUAUACCUGACUCCACGUCCAAUUCCCGAGGACACAACAACAACACGCCCAGUGCCACGAAUAAUAAUCCCAGUGCAGGAAGUCUAACUCCAAAUUCAUCGCUGGAAACGGGCAUCUCGUCCAAUCUACUGGGUAGCACCACCGUAUCCGCCUCGAAUGUCAUCAGUGCUGAUUCAAGCGUUGCUUCCAGCGUCAGCCUGGACGAGGACAUUGAGGAGAGUCCCAUUAAGGUCAAGAAAAAGGACGAUAGUCACAACCAGGUUAUCAAAAAGGAGGCCGUGUCCACCUCGUCGAAGGCCUCGCCUUUUGGCUAUGAUGCGGGCCCUAGUUUGGUCAGUUUCCGGCGCGACUCCGAUGCCGCCGCCACAAAUCCGCCCUCGACCAAGGCUGGCGGCAAGAAGCGGUAUCAGAACGCCAAUGUCAAUGUAAAUGCCAUGGCCUCUCCGCUGAAUGAGAACAGCAGUUCUGCUGGGCCGACUGGUUAUUUUCCUGGAUCUGGUUACUAUCCCAAUCCGAAUGCAAAUCCGAAUCCAAAAACAUUACAGCCGCCGCAGCAAAUUCCACAAGACUAUUAUGGCAAAUAUGACAUUGAAUUUGCCGCUUCGCCGCACCACAACCCGCAUAAGCAACAGCAGCAGCAACAACCGCUUCACGGCGAAUAUCUAAGUCCCAAACCAAACACCAAUGCUGCCAACACCAACAAUUUCCACCAAACCAGUCAACAGCAACACCAACAUGAGCAGCAGUUUUACUACAACUACAACGACACCAACGGUGGCAGCGCGUACAUGAACCAUCAACAACACCACCAACAGCACCAUCCAGUUGGUGACUUUGAAGCGCCACCUAUCAACGGGCCAAGCAACUUCUACGAUCCCAAGUCACAGGCUGGUGGCGCUUACUACGAUAACAUGAAUUUCCAGCACCAACACCAAUCAGUGGUCUUUCAACAACAGCAGCAUCAACAACAACAGACGCCUAUUAAUCACCAACAACACAUGCAUCACAUUGGAGCUGGUGAAACGUAUAGCGCACUUGGACUGCAAAUGGAGAAUUGUGAUGGCUACAACAACUUUGGCGGCGGUUACUAUGAGGCACCGGCUAGUCAACAACAGUCGCCUGUUCCGCCCACUCCCACGCACACCCACCCACACCCCCACCUUCCACAUCAUCAUAUGCAGGCCCAAGCCCACCCCCAGAUACACGGACACCACAAUGCAACAGCUGUAGCUGCUGUUCAGGUUGUGGGUGCACCGCCAACUCCGACCUCACAUGUUCACAUACCAAACGCCAAUGCAAACGCCAAUUUCGUACUGAAUGGAGCUCCUGGUGGGCAAAUACAGGCGUUUGCCAACACUGGUGUCUCUGUGCCCGGUGGCGGCGCUGCCAUCAGCGGACUGGAGAAUUCAAACAGCUCGUCGGACUUUAAUUUCCUGAGCAACCUGGCAAAUGAUUUUGCUCCGGAAUAUUAUCAGUUGAGUUAGUUUUGGUAAGCCAAGGAAUAGAGCCCAGAAUACAGAAUGUGGAGUGUAAAUAAAUUGCAAUGUCAUGCAAUGUUGAUUUAGACGUAUUUUCUGUCCUUCAUUUGAGCAGUCAUUGUAAGCACUUUGUCUUAGUACAUAUCUGUAAAUAAGUUAAUGAAAUAUGUCUGUCCUUUAA